AUGACUGUAAGUUUUUCAACUAAACUAUAAAUCAAUAACAAUCUCCUAUUUUUGCAGAGUGGAAAAAACUAUCAAAACGGAGGUUCAGAUAACGCUGGACCAAAAAACACGGCUAAAGAACAGCCAAAAAAACCUGAAAAAAUUCGGGUUUUUCCUGAAGAAGAAUCUGACGGAGAAUCGGAUGGUGAAAUGGCGAGUUUGGUUGAACAAUUCGGUCUAUCAACAAUCGAAGAGAAAAAUGAACCAGAUGAAUCGACCAACUCUGGUUCAAAUACUCAAGGCGAAUCACCAAAACCGUCUCAACCAACAAAUGAAGAAGUUGCUCAUCUUGUCGAUUCGUUGAAAAAUGGAGUUGUUGCUGAUGCUUCAUUCAACAUUGGGAAGAUCUGACAGAUUGAUCGAGGUUAGUUUUUUGGUUCGAAAAUUGGAAAAAAAAAUAAAUUGGCUAGAAAUUUUGGAAUUUUUUUUUUUGAAAAUCAUUGAAAUUUGUAAAAUCUGAAAACUCAGCUUCUGGAUCGUAUCCAUGCAUUAACUGCAACACCAAAUGCGCAAGCACAAUUUAUUGAAGAGGAGCAGAUUAUGAAUGAUUUGAUGGAAACGGAUGAUGUUGUUGUUGAUUCUGCAUCAAAUAUUGCUGGAAAUCCAACUGACAACUGA